GUUGAUAUCUGACCGCUACACGGUGCGGACGUCUCGGUUUCCAGGAAUUUUAAUUCUCGCGAAGUUAUCGUCUUGAUUAUAAUACAGUGGCCUGUGUUGUGUUGUGAUUAUUCGAUCAAGUUUCUUCGGUUUGCCAUGUCGACUUCCAAUUGUUGAAGUUACUUCGUCAGCAUACCGACCAAAAUGACCAUCCAACCAUUUAGAAGGAAGUCGUAUAAAGUUUUAAGCACGUACCUCAACACGUAAAAAAGCUUUAAAGGACCACAGACUAAAAAAAAAACAAUUUAUUUAAUUUUUAAGUAGUGCAAUUUUGUUCCUGUUAUUUUAUUUACCGAGUGAUAUUAGUUUUAUAAUAGUGUAGUGUUGUGCCAUUGUCGAUAGUUUAUUUGUCGAUAAGUGAAGAUGUAUAAGAAAAUGUGGUGUGUUUUUAUUGCGAUACUUGGUGUGGCUGCGGGGAUGGACAGAAGCCAUUUACCGCCAACCUGCUCUAGCAAUAUCUACUGUCAUGGCCCUCUUCUGGACACGGUGCAGAUGGCGGGGCUGUACAAUGACUCCAAGACCUUCGUUGACAUGAAACUCAAGCUCUCCGCUAACAUCACCAUGGAUCAUUUCCACGAAAUGAUGGCCAGGACAGGUUCACAUCCGACCAAAGCUGACAUCCAGGAGUUCGUCAAUCAGAACUUUGACCCCGAAGGCUCUGAGUUCGAGGACUGGAGACCUACAGACUGGAAGGAUAAUCCUGCGUUUCUCCAAAAUAUCAAGGAUCCACUGCUGCACGAAUGGGCAGCCGACCUGAACCGCUUGUGGCUGCAGUUGGGCAGAAAGAUGAAGCCCGAUGUGAAGGAGAACCAGGAUCUGUACUCCAUCAUAUACGUGGACAACCCUGUGAUUGUGCCUGGUGGUCGUUUCCGUGAAUUCUAUUACUGGGACUCCUACUGGAUCAUCAAAGGUUUACUGCUGUCUGAGAUGAGGUCCACCGCCAGGGGCAUGGUCUCCAACUUCAUGGAUAUCGUGGAAAGGAUCGGCUUCAUACCUAACGGGGGCAGGAUAUACUAUGCUAUGAGAUCUCAACCUCCCCUCCUAAUUCCGAUGGUGAAGCUAAUAUUGGAUGACAUGGAUGACAUCGAGUUCCUUAGACAACACAUUCAUACUUUGGAUAGAGAGUAUGAUUACUGGAUGACGAACCAUACUGUUGAGGUCCACCAUAACGGCCACAGAUACACUCUGGCGAGGUACUUCGAUCAAUCACAAGGACCCAGACCUGAGAGUUACAAAGAAGACGUUGAUGUUGCCAGACAUUUUGACACGAAUGACAAGAAAGAAGAAUUAUACGCUGAGUUGAAAGCUGCCGCUGAAUCUGGGUGGGACUUCUCAUCUAGGUGGUUCAUUCUUAAUGGCACCAACAAAGGUAACCUAACGAACCUGAAAACGCGGUCUAUCAUCCCAGUAGACCUGAAUGCCAUCAUGUGUUGGAACGCCCAGCUUCUCCGAGAUUUCCACACCAGACUCGGAAAUGUCGAUAAGGCAGAAUAUUACAGAAACGUUCACGCUAGAUUCAUGGAUGCUAUUGAACAGGUGCUCUGGCACGAAGAUGUGGGUGUCUGGCUGGACUACAGCCUGGAGUCUGGCAGACGUCGGGAUUACUUCUACCCCUCCAACGUGUCGCCGCUGUGGGCAGUCUGCUACGACCAGGCGAGGAAGGAUUACUACGUGAACCGCGUCGUCAAUUAUUUGGAUAAAGUUAAGGUAGACAUAUUCGACGGAGGCAUACCAACGACGUUCGAGCACUCGGGAGAACAAUGGGACUAUCCGAAUGCCUGGCCACCUCUACAGUACAUUGUGGUUAUGGGUCUGGCGAACACUGGCCAGCCAGAAGCCGUGCGUCUGGCCAGUGAGAUCGCCACUAAAUGGGUCAGGUCGAAUUUCGAAGUUUGGAAACAGAAGACUGCUAUGCUUGAAAAGUACGACGCGACGAUAUUCGGUGGUCUCGGCGGUGGUGGCGAGUAUGUUGUACAAACAGGCUUCGGAUGGACCAAUGGCGUUAUAAUGGCUAUGUUGAACCGAUGGGGAGAUACAAUGACUUCAGCGGACGCGUUCGGUACGGGCGCCGCCGCCGACUCCGGGGCCGUGUACGGCGCUCACGUCGGCGCCAGCGGGGUCGCCACGGCCAUUCUUGUUGUUCUGGCUUCUUUGGCAGCUGGGACUCUUGGGUUGAUGGUGUACAGGAAACGUAAAGAUUACAUUCGAGUGUCUAGCGGUGAAGAUUACAAGCUUCUCUCCCGAAAACCCUACACGGAACUGAGAAGCCUCAACGGGGCAUCGAACCCACGUCAACGAUGAACACAUAUCUACCUCUAACUACUCGACCGGUGGAACGUGAGUGAUGACUGUUAUCUGACUUCUAACCGAAGUUAUAAGAUAACUAUAGGCCGUAUUUUUGUAUAAAUUAAACAAAACAUAUUUCUAUGAUACGCUAGAUUCUUGACAUGAAGAAAGUAACGUCUUACUCGAGCGAAUUGACUGAGAAAAGCUCUACUACUUUCAAGUUACAGCGGGACGCAUGAUUAGUAGACUGAUUCUCAGUUAAUACAACUGAAUAAGUCGUUAUUUUUAAUUUAGUAAGUCUCACAAAAGUUACUAUUCAAAAACAGAAAAAAAGAUGUUUUUAAUAACCUCCUGUAUACAUUCUUUUAGGGUGACAAUUGCCGUUACGACAGGCUAUUUUGUGGUAACUUAAUUCAGUCUUCAGAAUAUUCUAAGUUUCUAAGUAAGAAAAAACUCAGUUAUAUAGGAUGUCCAAGUUUAUAAACAAGUAAAUUAAAUUAAAUAUAUUUUUUCUUACAUCUAGCGUGUCAGAUUCAGGAAAUAAAACAAAUGAAAAUCUUGCCGUUUUAAUAUCAAAAUAACAAAACAACUAUUUUCCUGUAAACGGAUUAUAUUUAGCUCAAUGUUAAGAUAAAAUGGAUUAUUAUUAAUGUAAUUGUCACUAUUUUUCUAGUAUCAAUUUGAAUUAAUCGAUUUCAUGUUGUUUAAACAUAGAAAUAAAAUCACCAUUUAAUUUAUUAGAACCAAAAAGACAACCAGCAAAAAGUUCACAUACAUUCUCUAAAAGAUUUUUUUUUAGUAACAUAGGUAUCGAAUAUGUUAUCUGUGUGUGUCUAUUAUCUGCUCAAAAGCUAAAUGUUAACCCAUACAAAAAUGUAAAACAUUAUAACUUUGAAAAAAAAAACAAAAAGGCGUUUGUAUAAUACCAGUUUUACAGUGCUGUGAAUUUUUGGCCGAACUGCGGUUUUCGAGCGUGGCGUUAACGACAAAAACUUGACAAAAUAUUUGACUAAUAACACGUCAUCUUCACGCUAGGAAACCGCAGUCCAGCCUAAACUUGUAAAUAAAUAGCUUACAAAAUACUAUUGCUUGUAAUAAUAGUUUUAGUUUAGGAUUUAAACUUUAGUAAAGUGAAACAAUGUCGAUAAAAUAUGCAGAUUAAUUCAGUCGUUUGAUUUAAUUAAAAUCAUUGACUCCUGCAAUUAAGAUUCAAUGUAUACUUUCCCAUGUAAGAAAACAAUGAUUCAAUCGUUUAUUUGUUUGCACAAAUUAUUUAUUUAAUUUCAUGUAUUAUCCUAUUCGGAAGCUCAAUUUUUUUUUCAUAUAAAGCAAUAAAAGUAUACUUUUGUCUUUUUAAUUACUUUCUGAAAUCGCAUCUCUAUUACAUUGAACUUUUAUUAAUAUCCUAAUUUUUAUGGGGUAAUUAAUCUACAAUACUCUCUACUAGUUACAACGAAAUAACCUACAAUUUAUAGCUUUAAUAAAAAUUGGUCCUUUUGCUGCACAAAGGACCCGAUUUGAAGCUACAACUAACGCCAUCUAGUACAAUGUUAUUGAACGAUUUGUUACAGCACCAUCAAUCUACAUCAGACUAUUGUGUUGUUAGCAAACGGUUUAAUAUAGUGUUAGUAGUCUAUUAUAGAUGGAAUUGCUUGAAUUACAAAAAUGUCACCAAAAUAA